CCCAUGGCAUGACUUUGUUAUUUUGGGUGUCCAUUCUCCUCUGGAUGGGUUCUACUUUGUGAAACCACACCCUGGCCUAGCUCCCCUUCUCCCUGCCUCUCUCCAGGCUCACAUCCACACGCCGAGGCCUCCACCGCCGUUCUGCUUCCUGCCCUUCCACUCCUGUGGGACGUCAGAGAGCUAUGGGGCUCCCUGGAUACCAACUGGCUCCUGAGGCCUGGAGGCGGGUGGUCUUCUGGGAGAAGGAAGUCCCUUGCAGGUGGUGGAGGGGGACAGGAUGAGGGUUUUUCCCCAGGGUGUCAUUGGCCCCUGCCCCCACUUCUGUUCCUUAACUAACCAGGGCCCUCCUACCCACUGUGCCCCUCCUCCUGCCACGUGGUGGCCCUGAAUCAUUAUUUCAACUAACCCCUGGGAGGGUGAGCACCUUCUGUGCUGUGGCCCCAACCUUUCACUUCCCCUCGACGCACUGCUCAGGGAUGACCUUCGGCACCGUGCUUCUUCUGAGUGUCCUGGCUUCUUUUCAUGGAUUCAACCUGGAUGUGGAGGAGCCCACCAUCUUCCAGGAGGACGCAGGCGGCUUUGGGCAGAGCGUGGUGCAGUUUGGUGGAUCUCGACUCGUGGUGGGAGCACCCCUGGAGGUGGUGGCGGCCAACCAGACGGGACGGCUGUAUGACUGCACAGCUGCCACCGGAGUGUGCCAGCCCAUCCCGCUGCACAUCCACCCCGAGGCCGUGAACAUGUCCUUGGGCCUGACCCUAGCAGCCUCCACCAACCGCUCCUGGCUUCUGGCCUGUGGCCCGACCCUGCACAGAGUCUGUGGGGAGAACUCGUACUCAAAGGGUUCCUGCCUCCUGCUGGGCUCGCACUGGGAGAUCAUCCAGACAGUCCCCGACGCCCUGCCAGAGUGUCCACAUCAAGAGAUGGACAUCGUCUUCCUGAUCGAUGGCUCUGGAAGCAUUAACCAAAAUGACUUUAACCGGAUGAAGGGCUUUGUCCAAGCUGUCAUGGACCAGUUUGCGGGCACUGACACCCUGUUUGCACUGAUGCAGUACUCAAACUUCCCGAAGAUCCACUUCACCUUCACCCAAUUCCGGACCAGCCGGAGCCAGCAGAGCCUGGUGGAUCCCAUCGUCCAACUGAAAGGCCUGACAUUCACAGCCACGGGCAUCCUGCAAGUGGUGACACAGCUAUUUCAUCAUAAGAACGGGGCCCGCAAAAGUGCCAAGAAGAUCCUCAUUGUCAUCACAGAUGGGCAGAAAUACAAAGACCCCCUGGAAUACAGAGAUGUCAUCCCCCAGGCAGAGAAGGCUGGCAUCAUUCGCUACGCUAUCGGGGUGGGACGCGCUUUCCAGGAACCCACCGCCAGGCAGGAGCUGAACACCAUCGGCUCAGCGCCUCCACAGGACCACGUGUUCAAGGUGGACAACUUUGCAGCCCUUAGCAGCAUCCAGAAGCAGCUGCAGGAGAAGAUCUAUGCAGUUGAGGGAACCCAGUCCAGGGCAAGCAGCUCCUUCCAGCAUGAGAUGUCCCAAGAAGGCUUCAGCGCAGCCCUCACAAUGGAUGGCCUCGUCCUGGGGGCUGUGGGGAGCUUUAGCUGGUCUGGAGGUGCCUUCCUGUACCCCCCAAAUAUGAGCCCCACCUUCAUCAACAUGUCUCAGGAGAAUGUGGACAUGAGGGACUCUUACCUCGGUUACUCCACUGAGCUAGCCCUAUGGAAGGGGGUGCAGAGCCUGGUCCUGGGGGCCCCCCGCUACCAGCACACCGGGAAGGCUGCCAUCUUCACCCAGGUGUCCGGGCAGUGGAGGCUGAAGGCCGAAGUCACGGGGAUGCAGAUCGGCUCCUACUUCGGGGCCUCCCUCUGCUCCGUGGAUGUGGACGGUGAUGGCAACACUGACCUGAUCCUCAUCGGGGCCCCCCAUUACUACGAGCAGACCCGAGGGGGCCAGGUGUCCGUGUGUCCCUUGCCCAGGGGUAGGGUGCAGUGGCAGUGUGAAGCUGUUCUCUGUGGGGAGCAGGGCCACCCCUGGGGCCGCUUUGGGGCAGCCCUGACAGUGUUGGGGGACGUGAAUGGGGACAAGCUGUCGGACGUGGCCAUUGGGGCCCCGGGAGAGCAGGAGAACCGGGGUGCUGUCUACCUGUUUCACGGAGCCUCAGAAUCCAGCAUCAGCCCCUCCCACAGCCAGCGGAUCGCCGGCUCCCAACUCUCCCCCAGGCUGCAGUAUUUUGGGCAGGCGCUGAGCGGGGGUCAGGACCUCACCCAGGACGGACUGAUGGACCUGGCCGUGGGGGCCCGGGGCCAGGUGCUCCUACUCAGGAGUCUGCCAGUGCUGAAAGUGGGGGUGACCAUGAGAUUCAGCCCCGGAGAGGUGGCCAAGUCUGUGUACUGGUGCUGGGAAGAGGGGCCCAGUGCCCUGGAAGCUGGGGACGCCACCAUCUGUCUCACCAUCCAGAAAAGCUCACUGGACCAACUAGGUGACGUCCAAAGCUCUGUCAGGUUUGAUCUGGCACUGGACCCAGGCCGUCUGACUUCUCGUGCCAUUUUCGAUGAAACCAAGAACCCGACUUUGACUCGAAGAAAAACCCUGGGACUGGGGGUUCACUGUGAAACCCUGAAGCUGCUUUUGAAAGAUUGUGUGGAGGACGUGCUGAGCCCCAUCAUUCUGCACCUCAACUUCUCGCUGGUGAGAGAGCCCAUCUCCUCCCCACAGAACCUGCGCCCUGUGCUGGCCAUGGGCUCACAAGACCUCUUCACUGCUUCUCUCCCCUUUGAGAAGAACUGUGGGCAAGAUGGCCUCUGUGAAGGGGACCUGGGUGUCACCCUCAGCUUCUCAGGCCUGAAGAUCCUGACCGUGGGGAGCUCCCUGGAGCUCAAUGUGAUUGUGACUGUGUGGAAUGCGGGCGAGGAUUCCUAUGGAACUGUGGUCAGCCUCUACUACCCAGCAGGGCUGUCCCACCGACGGGUGUUGGGAGCCCAGCAGCCCCAUCAGCGUGCCCUGCGCCUGGCAUGUGAGACAGUGCCCACUGAGGACGAGGGCCUGAGGAGCAGCCGCUGCAGCAUCAACCACCCCAUCUUCCAUGAGGGCUCUAACGGCACCUUCAUAGUCACAUUCGAUGUCUCCUACAAGGCCACCCUGGGAGACAGGAUGCUUAUGAGGGCCAGUGCAAGCAGCGAGAACAAUAAGGCUUCAAGCAGCAAGGCCACCUUCCAGCUGGAGCUCCCGGUGAAGUACGCAGUCCACACUGUGAUCAGCAGACAGGAAGAAUCCACCAAGUACUUCAACUUUACAACCUCUGAUGAGAAGAAAAUGAAAGAGGCUGAGCAUCGAUACCGCGUGAAUAACCUCAGCCAGCGAGAUCUGUCCAUCAGCAUUAACUUCUGGGUUCCUGUCCUGCUGAACGGGGUGGCCGUGUGGGAUGUGGUCGUGGAGGCCCCAUCCCAGGUAUCUGCCUGCCUCUCCUCUUUCUUCAGACUGGCAUCCCACAGCACGGCACUGCCUCUUACCAGGGACAUGUUGCUCAUUCUGUGGCUAACUGCUUCUCUCUCUCCCCAGAGUCUCCCCUGUGUAUCAGAGAGAAAACCUCCCCAGCAUUCUGACUUCCUGACCCAGAUUUCAAGAAGUCCCGUGCUGGACUGCUCCAUUGCUGGCUGCCUGCGGUUCCGCUGUGACAUCCCCUCCUUCAGCGUCCAGGAGCAGCUGGAUUUCACCCUGAAGGGCAACCUCAGUUUCGGCUGGGUCCGCCAGACAUCGCAGAAGAAGGUGUCGGUUGUGAGUGUGGCUGAAAUUACGUUCGACACAUCCGUGUACUCCCAGCUUCCAGGACAGGAGGCAUUUAUGAGAACUCAGAUGGAGAUGGUGCUAGAAGAAUACGAGGUCUACAACGCCAUUCCCAUCAUCAUGGGCAGCUCUGUGGGGGCUCUGCUACUGCUGGCGCUCAUCACAGCCACACUGUACAAGCUUGGCUUCUUCAAACGCCACUACAAGGAAAUGCUGGAGGACAAGCUUGAAGAAACUGCCACAUUCAGCGGGGAAGGUUUCAGCUGUGGGUCCCCAAAUGUGCCUUUGUCCUAAUAAUCCACUUUCCUGUUUAUCUCUACCCCCGUGGGCUGGUCUUGCUUGCAACCAUAAAUCAACUUACAUGGAAACAACUUCUGCAUAGAUCUGCACUGGCCUGAGCAACCUACCAGAUGCUAAGCACCUUCCGAGAGAGGUAGAGAUUGUAAUAUUUUUGCAUAUCUGUCCACCUUUUUUAGUGAUGACCCACUUUUUACAGAAACAGGCAUGGUGCCAGCAUAAAUUUUCACGUGCAUAAGAAUUGUCACGCGAAACGAGGAUGUUUAUAGCACACUUUCCUUGCAUGGAAGAGCUAUAACCCAGGGACCUGAGUGCCUCUCUGGCAAUAGUUGGGGGAACCUGUUUGUGGGCAUUGAAAAAGUUUUCUCACUUUCUAUGGUGAUGGGAGCCUGAGGUCAUCUUUUCUUGAUGGGGCUGAGAGGCGUCUCAGGGGAGAGUCAAAGAGUGUGUGUGUGUGUGUGCGUGUGCAUGCACGUGCACGCAGGAUGCAUUGGCCGUGGGUUUCUGCACACACUUCAGGUUCCUCCGUAAUGGUAAGUGGGCAGGCUGUCCUAGGAGGUGAAGAAAUGUCCAGAGCUCAUCUGAACUCCUGUCCCCCUUGAAUGGGGUAUUCAGAAGCCAGGAAAGCCAGGCUUGGAGCAUGUGAUUUCCCAAAUAGAAGACCCAUUAAGAAAGAUUAUAGAGAAUGACCAAAAGAUUCCAAAUCCAGCAUUAGGUCCCGAGGCCUCACACACAGGACUGUGGAGCCUCCGUCUGAAAUCCAGAUAGCUGGGGUUCACAGACACCAGCGGCUCAGGUGUCAGGCAAGAAGUGGGACUUCAGGAUCUGCAGCCCUGGGCUCCCGGGGGGGCUCUGCAAGCUGCCUGAACUUCGACAAGUCAUUUAAUUCCCGAGAAUCUCAGGUCCUCCUCUGGAGAAGGGGAACUAAAAUUAUACCCUACUCCCAGCGUUACUGUGAGGAUUCAGUGUAUGAGGAAGCCCAUUACAGCCUACAGCCCUAAUUUUUAAUAGGUGUGCGUGAGACAGAGGCCUCAUUAUUACGAGGUGAGAGUGAGCUGGGAUCGCCUACCUGUGCGUGGAGGAGGCUUCCUCAAGCACCCCAGUAUCAGCCAUGUGGGAAAAGCACGUGGAGCGCCCACCGCGCAAGGCGCAUGCACGGAGCAGGCGCCUCCGGGUGCACUCCCAGUGGCCCCGCCCUCCCCAUAGAGCCUCAGACACGAAGCUUCACACCUUUAUUGCGCCCGGGGGCGUCCGGGGCCUCAGGGGUGUUCGUAGCCAGUGGGCAGAGGGUUGACGUGGCUGUUGUGGAACAGAGUGUGGUUACCGUCCCCCCAGGGGAAGGGCUGUGGAGAGAGCGGAGGAGGGAGAGCGCGUGAGCGCCGUGAGUCCGGAGUCCGCGCCUCCCCCGCCACGCGCCCCACGCUCCCCACGCUCCCCAUGCACCCCGCAGCACCCCCGGGCCGCCCGCGCGCCCGUCCCGCGUACCUUGGUGCGGAUGCGGAGGUGCUGGUAGGAAUGGAACUCCGGGCGCGGGCGGUGGCCUGAGUGGAGAUAGGAGUUGAAGGUGCAGAGGGCCACGCUGGGCAGCGCCAGCACGAAGGAGAGCAGGCGCCAGGUGCGAGCUGCGGAUGGAGAGGGGUGAGCGCGCAGGGCCUGGGGCGGCGGGCCCGGGAACAAGUGGGCAGGGUAGGGGAUCCCCGGGAUCCGCCCGCUCCCCAUUCACCUGCUGACCCUUCGUGGCCUCCUUUGGCAGCGCUGGCCAAGCCCCGGGUCAGGGGCCUCAGAGGCAGAGCCAUGGCGGUGCGGGGAGCGGGGAACCAGCGCUGUCCUCGCUCCCUUUACCGUGGCCUGGGGUCCCCUCCCCUCUCUGGGCCAAUCACCUGUUGAGUCUGGAGCACGAGCGGCUAUUUUUAGAGGUUUCUAUAUUUACAAUGGGUCCUGACUAGCUUGAGAUCGUCUCCAGACAGCUGUUGUCCUGUGCCUCUUAUUUUGGCAAAGGGGCAUUUAAAGUACAAUAUGCCAUUCUUUUUAUAUAGUUGCAGGGAAACUAUUUUGUUCCCUAUUCUAUGCCUAGUGGCUGGCACACGGUUGGGCUUUAAUAAAUAUUUGUAGAAUGAA